AGUGGACGGUUAGGAUGUCAUGAUUCUUGUGGAUGUGAGUAUUUGAGGGAAUCCAUCAGCGAGUGAAGUAGAACUGCGGAAAUAGAUGGCUUCGCCGCCGGAGGAUACGACAACGUCGACUCCUCGUCGGACGAUCUCCCGGGAAAUGAAGCGAAAAAGAAAGGGGACAGGAGAUGGGAAGAGUAGCAGCAUGCCACUUCGAGAAGAAGAACAAAAACACCACAAAUCUGAGACUACUGAGACUGCUGAUUUCUUCGAGGGUAGUUGCACCAAAAAAAGCAGGAAGACAAAGAACGAAAAGGCGAAGACUUGUAAAUGGGAUUUGGAGCAAGAAGUAGAGAGUGAAUCUUGUUUGCCAGGGCAGAGAUAUAAAACCCUGGAUCAGAGAGAGCCGUUUAGGAUAUUCCUUGAGACGCUCUACCAGAAGCUUCCGGAGGAUGAAUUGCCUGCAUUGUGGAUGAUGGAGUGGGGUUUACUUCCUUAUGACGAAGCAAAGAAGGCUUAUGAAAGAAAUCUCAGUAAGAAACUGUGCAAGAUGGAGUCUGAAAACAAUGAGGUUGAAGAUACAAGAUCAUCAAGUUUGUCAGAGAAAAACAUGGAUUUUGCAUCCAGAACUGUGUCGAAGACCAAGAAACAAAAGACCCGCAACAACUCCCCUGAUGGUGCCGUUUCAGAACCCAGCUCAGGAAGAAACAAGCAGAAGAAGAAAAAACAUAAGGUUCGAGAUUAAUCAUCUCCAUCAGAAAUCUGGUUUGCUUCAUUAUCUUUUACCUGUGACAAUAGUGCAAACAUUCUGUGGCCUUACUAUAUUCUAGAACAAGCAAAAAUUGGUCGGGUGGCAAACAUAUAAACUACCUGUAUCAAUUGGAAGCAUAUUGAAUCUUCCCAUGACAGACAAUGCAUAAUUUUUUAUUUUAUUUUCUUAAUUACACGGGUUCUUGAAA